GUAGGAGGAGAAAAGGGAUUUCGGGACUCUUUUGUCCUGCAUGAAUGUGUUUGGGGCCCAGACAUGGAUGCAGGGGUCACAUGGUCCUACAAAACACCGAAUGGGUUAAAAAAGAGGGGGUUGUAGUUUAUGAAAGAGCGGCGGAGGAGAAAGAACAGUUGUUGAUAGUUUGGAGAGGCUACGAGGGGAGUUAAAGCUGAAAACAAGAAGGACAGUUUCGAGCCUUAAAGAGCUGAGAGGGCUCCUGGCCAGGUGUCUGCUGAGGCCUCAUCAUGAGCUGGAGCUUCCUGACGCGUCUCCUGGAUGAGAUCUCCAACCACAGCACGUUCGUGGGGAAGAUCUGGCUGACUGUGCUCAUCAUCUUCCGCAUCGUGCUGACGGCCGUGGGGGGCGAGACCAUCUACUACGAUGAACAGGCUAAGUUCGUCUGCAACACGCAGCAGCCCGGGUGUGAGAACGUCUGCUACGACGCCUUCGCUCCUCUCUCACACGUCCGCUUCUGGAUCUUCCAGGUGAUCCUGAUCACCACCCCUACCAUCAUGUACUUGGGCUUUGCCAUGCACAAGAUUGCCCGCAUGGACGAUGUUGAGUACCGACCUCUUCAUCGCGCCGGGAAGAGGAGAAUGCCCAUAGUGACCCGGGGGGCACAGCGGGACUAUGAGGAGGCAGAGGACAACGGAGAGGAGGACCCCAUGAUCACAGAGGAGAUCGAGGUGAAGGACAAGGAGAAGGUGACAGAAGGCUCUGUGAAGAAGCACGACGGUCGGCGGCGCAUCGCGCGUGACGGCCUGAUGAAGGUGUACGUGUGUUCGCUGAUCUCACGCAUCGCCUUCGAGGUGGCCUUCCUGUUAGGCCAGUAUGUCCUCUAUGGCUUCGAGGUGGCGCCCUCCUACGUGUGCAUGCGCUCUCCCUGUCCGCACACGGUGGACUGCUUCGUCUCGCGGCCCACCGAGAAGACCAUCUUCCUCCUGGUCAUGUACGUGGUGUCUCUCCUCUGCACCACACUCACCCUCCUGGAGAUUCUCCAUCUCGGUGUCGGCGGGGUCCGCGACACCCUUCGCAUGCGUGCAAGACACCUCCCCACCCCACCUGUGGCCCGGGGGUCCCUCUGCAGUUCCCGCCAUGUGCCCACAGCCCCGCCAGGGUACCACACGGUCCUGGGGAAGAAGGACCCGUCGGCGAAGCUGAAGGCAGAGUUCAGGGAUCCGUUGGUGGGGGACUCUGGGAGGGAGAGCCUGGGGGACGAAGCGUCCAGCAGAGACCUGGAGAGGCUGAGGAAGCACCUGAAGAUGGCCCAGCAGCACCUGGACUUGGCCUACCAGAACGAGGAGGGCCAGGGGUCCCCGUCACGGAGCAGCAGUCCUGAGAACAACACCACGGCUGCAGAGCAGAACAGACUCAACCUGGCUCAGGAGAAACAGGCGGAGGCCAGAGAGAAAGGAGCACAUGCCUGAAUCCUGCUUAAUGCUCGACUGCCUGCUUCCUCUUCCCAACUGGUCCUCCACAGAUGGGGAAGCACAUGGGAACACAGCCAGACAGCGGAGAGACUGAAGAGUGUGAAUGUGUGAGGGAUGGAGGGCCUUGCAGGUCCAGGGACAACGUGAAUGUAAAGCUGCCCAAGCUUCCGUAAAGCUACAGUACAAAUCUCCUUAGCGUCUGACUCGUUCAACUUGAGUGCCUCCAAAUACUUUGGUCUCAAGUUUCAGCUUGCCCAAACCCCACACCCUACUUUGGCAGUGCCUGUCGCUGAAGCACAGCCUUCUAGAUGUAGUCGACACCCUGUUUAUUUUUGCCCAAAGGUGUUUUUGUUUGUCCGUUGUUGUUUUAAUUUGUUUGGCAGUCACUGUUCUCCGGUCAGUUUCUGUGGUCUGUCAGGUGGAUGGGUCUCAUUCUGUUCUCCGGUCAGUUUCUGUGGUCUGUCAGGUGGAUGGGUCUCAUUCUGUUCUCCGGUCAGUUUCUGUGGUCUGUCAGGUGGAUGGGUCUCAUUCUGUUCUCCGGUCAGUUUCUGUGGUCUGUCAGGUGGAUGGGUCUCAUUCUGUUCUCUGGUCAGUUUCUGUGGUCUGUCAGGUGGAUGAGUCUCAUUCUGUUCUCCGGUCAGUUUCUGUGGUCUGUCAGGUGGAUGGGUCUCAUCCAGUGGAAGCUUUAAUUUACCCCCCUCUCUAUUGACGAAGUUUACUAGUCGGUCCAAUUUGAAGAGCGAGGCUCAACAAAGUCUUAAAAGCAUUUACUGCACAUGUUGUUAUGCCAGGGCGUGUUGUUGCUGGAUACAGAGUGAACCGCAGUGAACACUUGCCUGCAGGGGAUGUCCUUUUGCACAGACAUUAAGAGGAUGUUCGUGCGUCCGUGUGGGUGUGUUGUAUACAAGGUGGUAGGUUUUCUGAAAGUGCAGUUCUUUAGCGAACACUUAACUUAAUCUUGGAUGUUAACUGUACAGCUUUUGUCUGCGUUUUAGUAAUUAAAAAUGAUUUUUUUUUUAACAUUCCAUGAGACUCCUCAUUGUUUAAAGCCUUGUAUAUUAGUCAUUCCAACAAAUUGGCCAAAUGUGAUAAAUACCUGGGAAAUGCUUGAAUCCUGUGACUAUAAAUGUUCUUCCAUGCUGUUGUAACACUCCUGUAGUCCUCCUGUCCUGGUUCCUUUUGUUCAUGCUAGUCGGUGUUUAAAAAAUAUAUAUAUGUUCGUACUGGAUUUCUAAGGAGGCAAAUGCACCAACAUUUGCUGAUGUUGUCAUGUGAUGGUUCUUUGAAAUGGUUGGAAACGAUCUGUGCUGUGUUCAUUUAAUUUUUCCUUUUUAUUUUAUUUUUAUUUUUAAUCGGUACAAAAAUAACAGUCCAAUGUUUUUCUAUUUGGAGUGUUUUUGUUACAUAGUUCCAAGUUGAGUGUUUUUUGCAACUGUAGAGUUUAGUUUCAUAGAAAUACAUGAAUAAAUAUAUUUGAACAGAA